UAUUUAAGGCGACACUGAAGCAUGUCCCCGCUAUGUGCAUGGCGGGGUGCAUCCCCACUAGCAGGGCUUGCCUCCACUCCCAGAGUGCUGCACGGUGGCUCCCUGCCUGCCCUGGCUCCACGCGGCUCCGGGAGGCGGUGGCAUGUCCCUCCAGCUCCUAUGCACAGGGGCAGCCAGGGGGCUCCGCACAGUGCCCCCGCCCCGAGCGUCAGUUCUCCAGCUCCCAUUGGCCGGGAACCGUGGCCAAUGGGAGCUGCAGGGGCAGCGCCUGUGGAUGGGGCAGCGCACAGAGCUGCCUGGCUGCACCUUCACGUGGGAGCUGGUUCUGGGAGCUGCUUGAGAUCACCGUCAGCAGCUGGAGAAGAACAACGGAACUUGUCCAUCUCAGCAACAUGGCUUUGAAGGGAAUGUCUCUGAUAUGUCUGUUAUUCAUUGCUACGUCUGUCUUCAGCAUCUCUCGCGCUCAGAACCCCAUGGCCUUCAGACGGAAAUAUUUGACCCUGCUGGACACCAUAGACCACAACACAUGUAACAGUGAAAUGAGAAACAAACGGAUCGCAAUGACUAGAGAUGGCUGUAAAAAACUCAACACGUUCAUUCAUGCUCGCGAGGAGGUUAUCGAUGCCACGUGCACCAUGGGGAAAGUGCAUGUCAUAAAGGGCCAAAAGUAUAAAAAGAGUAUCAGUAAAUUCAGGGUCACUAAUUGCAGACUCUCUGGGGAAUACCCUAAUGACUGCGAGUACAUGGCGGAAAAGAUCGCCUGGAAAUAUAUAGUCAUCUCUUGUGACCAGAACGAUCGCCCAGUGCAUUUUGCAGGGACGCUGAACUGGUAGGAGUCAGGAAAUGGGGGAAGGGGUUUAUUCCUAAUGCUUUGGGGGUGCUGCUGCCUUUUCUGCUGCAAAUCACACCAUUUAAACUGUCGCCUAAACAUACUAUUUUGAGAGUGAUUUAUAAUGCUGGAGGCCUCAGCAACAAGGGGACACUGCUCUCUAAUGGGUCUGGCGGUGGGAGAGCAGCAGAGCGAUGGAGGAAGGAAUAAUAAUGAUGCUUAGCAGUUUUAUAGCCCUUUACAUUUCCAAAGCAUUGCUCCAACAUUAUGGAAAUGAAGGGGAAUGGCUGAAAGAGGAGAGUGGGGGGAUUAGAGUGGGGGAAGAGGAUUGUUGAGAAUGGGAAGCGAGAUGGUUAUAGGGUCUGAUCCCAAACUCAAUGAAGUCAAUGGACUUUAGAUCAGCCCCAUAGUGAGAGACGGAAGCAGGGGAAUCUUGAAUGGGAAUUAGUAAGGAAGGCAUGGAGGAUAGUCCAGGGCAGGGGUCGGCAACCUUUCAGAAGUGGUGUGCCGAGUCUUCAUUUAUUCACUCUAAUUUAUGGUUUUGCGUGCCAGUAAUACAUUUUAACCUUUUUAGAAGGUCUCUUUCUAGACUUUUAUAAUAUAUAACUAAACUAUUGUUGUAUGUAAAGUAAAUAAGGUUUCAAAAUGUUUAAGAAGCUUCAUUUAAAUUAAAAUUAAAAUGCAGAGCCGCCCAGAUCGGUGGCCAGGACCUGGGCAGUGUGAGUGCCACUGAAAAUCAGCUCGUGUGCCGCCUUCGGCAUGCGUGCCAUAGGUUGCCUACCCCAGUCCAGGGGUUAGCAUGUUAGCCUGGGAGACCCGGUGACAAUUCCUGCUCUGCCAUAGACUUCCUGUGUGACCCCGGGCAAGUCAUUUAGGGCCAGAUUUGUAAAGGUACGUCGGUGCCUACAGAUGCAGAUAGGCCCGUGGUGCAAUUCUCAAAAGAGCCUAGCCCCAUAAGGCCCAACAGGAGUGAUGAUUUUCAAGAUCCCUUCACUUCCCUAUGAAAAAGCCAUUGACUUUGCUGGGUUUGGGAUCAGACCCUAUAACCUUCUCAUUUCCCAUCCUCAACACCCUCCUCCCCCACUUCCCUCUCUUAGCCACUCCUUUUUAUUUCUGUAGGUAGCUAAAGAUCUUUACAAUUCUAGCCCUUAGUCUCUUUGUGUCCCUGUUCCCCAUCUGUACAAUAGGGAUAAUAGCACCAGCCUGUCUCACCGGGGUGUGGUGAGGAGGAAUAUCUGAAAGAUUGUGUGGUGUUCAGAUUCUACAGUUAUGGGGGGCCACAUAAGGUAGAUAGGCGAGUAUAGAUUAUGGGGUGGGGGAUUGGGGAGGAAGAGGCGAGACAUGAGGGGGAACAGACACAAGGGCAGGGGGGUUGGUGAGGAAGAAGACAGAUUCGAAGGGGAAGUUGGCGAGGGAGGGACGUGCUAUUGCUCCACAUUCUGUUGUUAACGUAAACGCUUUGGUUGCUUAAGACCCAGAAAUGUGCUUUCGCUCUUGUCAAAUAAAAGCCAUCUGCAGGCUCCUCUCC